CCCACCCACCACCCAUCCCCAGCCUCGAGCAGAGACUGCUCCGUGCAAGUGGCGGCGAUGAAGGGCGGCGUGGAGCGGGUGUCCGUCCACGACACAUUUGACGAUGUUGACCCGCAGCACCGGGUGCUGAUUUGAGGCUGAGUCGACCUUGGGGGAGGCGGCAAGAUCGACUGGACGUCAGCGGGACUAGAACUCGGCGCAGUCGGGCGGCUGACCGUCCUGGCCCCACGCGAGGAACAUGGAGUUUACGAAGCCACGUUCCUCGAGCCCUUCCUGCAACGACUUUCAGGACGCGAGGUUUCGGCUGGCCUUGGACCCCUGCCUCCACGGCAAGGCCCCCUUCUCCGCAGGGGGUCUCCCCAGACACGGGACCUUCCCAGGACACCAUCACCUCCACCACCACCAUCAGCAGCAGCAGCAGCAUUGCCUGAUGCAGGGCCAGUGUUGCUCUCCGCACGGCAGUCAGCUGAGCGUCAACUUCAGCGGCUGCUCCUGCCCUGAGACGGACGUGUCGCUGUCACCGCUGCUGCAGAAGCUCUCGUGCAACGCCUGCACUGCCAAGCAGCCGCAGCAGCCGCAGCCGCAGCAGCAGCAGCAUCACCAGCUGAGCAGGGCGUCGAGCCCGACGGGCAGCGGGCGGCGGGAGAGCAACGCGUUCACCGAGAUCGCGAUGAGCAGCUGCAAGUACAACGGCGGGAUGGUGAAACCUCUGAGCCACCUGAGCGCGUCGCGGAGAAGCCUGCAGGGAGGGCAGGAGGGAGACCACGGCGCCGAAGCGAGGAGUCCACAGAUCCUGCAGGGGCACUGCCACCACCACCAGCAGCAGCAGCUGCAGCUGCAGCAGACGCCCGAGAUCGUGGUGUCGAGGCCCGUGUGUGAACUGUCGCUGUCCGCGUCGGGGGUGCUGAGAAGUCCUUCGCUGCAGGGCGGGGCGCAAUCGCUCCACCGCCAGUCCCCGCUGUCACUACCUCCUCCUCCUCCACCGCCUCCGCCUCCUCCUCCACCACCGCUGCCACAUCAUCCACACCACCACCACCAGCAGCAGCAUCAUCAACAACAACAGCAACAGCAGCAGCAGCAUCCACCGCCACCCAAUACCCCACCUCCUCCCCCGCCGCCUCUUCUGCCUCCCGCGCCGCCGCCGCCGCCGCUGCCGCCGGCGCGGUGCUCUGCGGGCUCGACGGUGAAGGCGUGCGGUGGCAGCGGCAGCGGCAACAACAACAACAAGAAGAAGACGCAGAACAUCGGCUACAAGCUGGGACACCGGCGGGCGCUGUUCGAGAAGCGGAAGAGGCUGAGCGACUACGCGCUCAUCUUCGGCAUGUUCGGCAUCGUCGUCAUGGUCAUCGAGACCGAGCUGUCGUGGUCCGUCUACGACAAGGCGUCCCUGUAUUCGCUGGCUCUCAAGUGUCUCAUCAGCCUCUCCACCAUCAUCCUGCUGGGCCUCAUCAUCCUGUACCACGCGCGGGAAGUCCAGCUGUUCAUGGUGGACAACGGCGCGGACGACUGGCGCAUCGCCAUGAGCUCCGAGCGCAUCUUCUUCAUCGCCCUCGAGCUCUGCGUGUCGGCCAUCCACCCGGUGCCGGGGCGCUACACGUUCGUGUGGACGGCGCGACUCGCCUUCUCCUACGCGCAGUCGGUCACCACGGCCGACGUCGACAUCGUCCUCUCCAUCCCCAUGUUCCUGCGCCUGUACCUGAUCGCGCGCGUCAUGCUGCUGCACAGCAAGCUGUUCACGGACGCGUCGUCGCGAAGCAUCGGCGCCCUCAACAAGAUCAACUUCAACACGCGCUUCGUCAUGAAGACGCUCAUGACCAUCUGCCCCGGCACCGUGCUGCUCGUCUUCAGCAUCUCGCUGUGGAUCAUCGCCGCGUGGACGGUGCGCGCGUGCGAGAGGUACCACGACCCGCAGGACGUAACGAGCAACUUCCUGGGCGCCAUGUGGCUCAUCUCCAUCACUUUCCUCUCCAUCGGCUACGGGGACAUGGUGCCACACACCUACUGUGGCCGCGGGGUGUGUCUGCUUACUGGCAUCAUGCAGGGCGCUGGCUGCACGGCGCUCGUCGUGGCCGUAGUGGCCCGCAAGCUGGAGCUCACCAAGGCGGAGAAGCACGUGCACAACUUCAUGAUGGACACGCAGCUCACCAAGCGGGUGAAGAACGCGGCGGCGAACGUGCUGCGCGAGACGUGGCUCAUCUACAAGCACACGAAGCUCGUGAAGAAGAUCGACCACUCGCGCGUGCGCAAGCACCAGCGCAAGUUCCUGCAGGCGAUCCACCAGCUGCGCAGUGUCAAGAUGGAGCAGAGGAAGCUGAACGACCAGGCCAACACUCUCAUCGACCUGGCCAAGACGCAGAACGUGAUGUACGACAUGGUGUCGGAGCUGCACGAACGCAGCGAGGACACGGAGAAGCGCGUGGCGGCUCUCGAGGGCAAGGUGGACGCGCUGGCCGAGAGUGUCCACGCGCUUCCCGCGCUGCUCGCCCGGCUCCUGGCCACGCAAUAUCCCCUCCACGUCCCCACCGCCCCCACCGCCCUCACCGCCCCCGCGGCGGUCCCCGCCGGAGGGGCCUCCCCGGCCGUGCCCCCCGUCGCUCCGAUCGUCAAACGGCAGCAGCAGCAGCAGCCGACUCCGCCGCGGAUCGUGAGCGGCAGCAGCGGUAGCGGCAGCAGCAGCAGCGGCAGCGACAGACUUACAGACGUACAGACGUACAUACCCCGGGACAGACUUACAAACGGACGGGCAGAGUGACUGACUGACCAAGACGUCGACAGACACGCACAGACUUACAGAAACAGAGAGACGUAUUAACACUCGGCCGUACUGAAUUGACUGACACACUGGCAGACGUAGACACACAGUUAUGGAGAGGCACACAGAUAGGUAGACAGACACAGUUUCGAACAGAGAAAAAUACAUACUGUAUAUAGACAAUCAGAUGGCAGAUGUACUCACAGACAUACAGACAGAUACACAGACCUAAAGACAGAUUUCCAGACUGACGCGUUGACGAUAAAACACGCACAGGAACGUACAGAAACUCAGACAGACACACAGACGAACUGAAUUGGACACACGCACACAGACUUGCAGAUGGACAGGGAGACAGACAAACACACGGACUUAGAGACCCACAAAGAGACGGACUGACUUGCACACACACAGGGACUUACAGAUGGACAGACAGACAGACGGAGGAGCCCUUGUGUGGGCCUGCGUGUGUGCAGGUGACGAAAUCAACUCCGGGCACGGUGGCGUCACCAGAGCUGGCGGUGUCAGCACCGGCGGCCACAUUGAUGUCAGCGCUGUCGGCCAUCUUAGCUCUGGCCGCCAUCUUGGUGCCGGCGGCCAUUUUGGCGGCGCUCAGGGGGACGGCGGCCAGGUCGGUGGAGGCGCCUGCGCCCGCGGCCAUCUUGUUGCCGGUGGCCAUCUUGGCACCCGCGGCCAUCUUAGUGGUGGCGCUGGUGGCCAUCUUGGUACCGGUGGCCAUCUUGAUGGCAGUGGCGGCGGCCAUCUUGGCGGUGGUGGCGGCGGCCUGGCGACACCCUCGCACUCCAUGUUGCCCCCACUGUACGAGAGCAUCUCGUGAGAAACAGCGACGCUCUCCACAUUUCCUGCAUCGUCUCCCGCAUCAUCAUCAUCUCCCGGCAACAGUCACAACGACCCAGCGCGACCAGGUGGAGCAGAGGCGAGCGACUCCCUCCACCGCACAAGCAAGGAGGCCACGGGUUCGACUGCGUUAUGUGGUCGGCUUGACGGAUCGCGCGAGAUGGAAUGGCGUUAAAGCUCAACUCGGUAUCAUCAUCAUCAUCGUUGUUAUUACCACUGUUCUGAUCGUUGUUAUUUGAGAACUAUAUUUUUCCCGACAUGGAAAAGACGUUGAGGAAAUUGCGUCAAACUAAAUGUCGUUAACAAGCAGCAAAGAGGAGCAGGACUGUAAUGGAGCCAAAAUGAAGACUACAAAGUCUCGUUUUUUGUGGACCAGAACACACCGCUGAGUUCCUCCAUUUGUGCAACAUUCGCAGAGCCUUAAAUGAUCUGUCGUGUGCGCAGACGCACGCACGCGCGCGCGGAUACACGCACAAACACGAACAUACAGCCUGUGUAGGCUGUCGGGGCAAGUACAGACACACGGAGACACACAUAGGUACACGCACGCAUGGGCACGUAAUGUUGGUGAUGUCGCCACAGCGCUUGGUGCUUUGGCUGUCCAGUGUGGGCAGCAUGACCCAGCCAACACAGCCUUGCUUGCCAGAGGAGCUCACUGAUGGAAUGUCCAGAUCUUUCAAGGAUCUGUGAGCUCACACAAUCCAGCCUGGUUGAACCCAGGAUGGAUCAUAGGCAGGCCAGUCGGCACAUUUAAAGCAUGCUCCAGGUUCAGCGGCAGAGUCUCCAAUGCCUCCAAUGCCUUCUCAAUUACCAGAUCAUCAACAUUAGAGAGCCAUCCCGUGACCGCUCCAGGGCAUUGAUCAGUCUCCCAUUGUGUUUGUACCAGAUGGAAAUUUCUCUGUUACAGUUUGGAAUGGUUCUAAAACUACGUGGUAAAAAAUACGUUAAAUAAUGUAGGGGACAGAGGGCAUCCCUGUCGUACCCCAAGGUGAACAGGAUAUGGCCCUGAUUCUUGGCCAAGCAGCUUUACCAACAUGAAGAUACUUAUGAUUGUGAGCAGAGGGUCAUGAAGCCCGAAAGUACGAAAAAUAAUCCAGAGCCCUGGCCUCGUGAUGGUAUCAUUGGCCUUGACCAGGUCAAUAAACCAGAGAUGUAGGUCCUGUUGAAUUUCUAUACACAUCUGCCUGUAGCAGAUGGACAUGAGACAGACCCAGGUGUUACGGGUUGACUGAGAUGACUGGCAGGUAGACCACCAGUGCCCCCGAUUGUGCCAACUGUGUGCUGGCAACAGACAUAUCUACGAACACGUACACCUACCUAACGUGAACUCGUACAUAUAGCAACACACACUAAUGUCACUUACGUAAUACGGAAACGCACGACUUCAUAUGCUUAUGCACGUGCACGCGCACACAGACAAACACAACACGACACAUAGACGCACAUGGAGACACGUGUUCAGUACUUUGCUGUAUUGAUUUCGUUUUGAGUAGUGUACUGUUUUGUGAUCCCAGUGUAAAUGUAACGGCCAUGACGAGAUACACCCAAGGCCUUUCGUUACUUGAAUUGAAAGUAACGCCGCGUUGAAUCAAUUCCAUCACUUUUCUAAAAAAAUGCACCCAAAUAUAAUUAUGCGCGCGCAAUCAAAAUGUCCGUCCAGUCUCACAGCCGCGCCGAUGGCAGCGUUGCCCAUGGUGGUGGUGGCGGCGGCCAUAUUGGUGGCGGUGGCCAUGUUGGCGUCGGUGGCCAUGUUGGUGGUAUUGAGCACAAUACUAGCCGUGUUCGUGGCCGCAUCGGUGGUGGCGGCGGCGGCCAUAUUGGUGCCUGUUGCUACGUUGUUGGCCAUAUUAGUGGUCAUCUUGGUGGUGGUGGCCAUAGUCGUACCAGUUGGUGGCGGUCAUGUUAAUGGCGGUAUUUGUGGCCAUGGUGGUGGCGGUGGCCCUAUUGGUGGCGAUAUUCUUGGCCAUAUCGGUGGUUAUAGCAGGUGCCUAGGUCGGUGGUCAGGGCAGUGCCAAACUUGGAUGAUUUACAGACACUUAGGAUUCAUUAGAAAAGCCAAAAACUCAAGGGGGGGGGGGGAGGUGCAGUGCGAAUAUACCAUGCUGACCCUGGAGGCAGUGGUGGAACAUCCACAUUCACAUGGCAGGGGGACAGUUCAUCUCCAAUUUUAUCCGCUGCCGACUUGCCACAAAGCGGCACUGAAAGAAUAAGAAUCGUGCAGAACUCGCCCGAGCCAAAAUUAAAUCAACCUCUUUCCAGAUGUCACGCCUUUAUCAACGUGUAUUCGUGUGUCCCGCAAGCGAUCAGGGUUAAAGUUCGACUCCCGGUAUCAAACGGGUGCGUCCAGCUUCGGCGCAGAGCCACGCGUCGCUCAAGCCGACGUUUGUUCCGAGUGCAUUCCCAAGUGCGAAGUUCGAUAUUUUUUUAAUUUUUGUUUUAUUUUUUUCUCCCAAAAAAAGCAGCACUCAAGCGGCACCUCCCAAAUGGGGGGGCGCCACGCACAUCCGCCGAACAACACGAGCGCGCGUGGCGCCCAUCAGCGCGUGCGCGCGCGUGCGCGCGCAAGCGCGACGUGGGUGUCACGUGCGCGCGCGACGCGGGUGGCACGCGCGCGACACAGGUGGCACGUGCACACGCGGGUGGCACACGCGGGUGGCACACGCGCGCGCGGCUUGCAACCCGCGUGGUGAUUGUUUUUUGUCCGGGGACGUGGCGUCUCCGGUUUGAGUGGCAGCUGUUGUUUUAUAUAUAUAUAAAUAAAUAAAAAUACUGCAGCCUUAUUGUACACUAA